UGAUGCGCGGCCGAUGCACGCCAUCUCGAACGAUUACUACGCGUAUCGCGGAGGAAUAACACGCAUGCGCAAACGCCAAGUGAGAGGAUACCAGAUGUUUAAUAAAAACAGACAGCUACCACCGAAGAUAUCCAGUAAACUCGACGACUAUUGGCGAGCUUACAAGGCACAAUUCAAUAAGACUUAUAGUGGAAAUCUCGACAAUACAAGACGCAUCAAGUGGGAACAAAAUCUCGUGAAAAUUUACGAACAUAAUUUAAUGGCUGCAGCGGGACACCAUGGUUACACGUUACGAGACAACCAUAUAGCAGAUUUAAGCACUAAACAGUACGUUCGAAAAAUGAUAAAACUAAUGCCAAGUAGAAGACGUCGUUUGCCCGACGACGAGAUGGUCUCUUUGGCCUUGCACGAUCCUAAACUCGUACCAUCUCAUUUGGAUUGGCGGGAACUAGGCUUUGUGACGAGGCCAGUGAAUCAAAUGAAAUGUGGAAGCUGUUAUGCAUAUUCAAUAGCUGCUACGAUAGAGGCCCAGUUAUUUAAGCAGACUGGCAAGCUAAUCCCAUUGAGUGAACAGCAAUUGGUUGAUUGCAGUACGAUCACUGGGAAUAUUGGUUGCAACGGUGGUUCCCUUAGGAAUACCUUGAGAUACCUUGAGAAAUCAAAAGGACUCAUGCCGCAAAAUAUGUACCCUUACAAAGGCAAACAAGGCCAAUGCAAUUUUAUAAAGGAUCACAGUGUCGUUAAUAUAACUUCAUGGGCAGUUUUACCAGCACGUGAUGAAAAAGCAUUAGAAGUAGCCAUUGCGACAAUUGGUCCUGUAGCAGCAUCAAUAAAUGCGAACCCAAAGACCUUCCAACUUUAUCAUCAAGGCGUUUACGACGACGUUGCAUGUACUUCUGAUAUAGUAAAUCAUGCCAUACUAAUCGUUGGAUACACACCAAACGAAUGGAUUUUAAAGAAUUGGUGGGGUGAACAUUGGGGUGAAGGUGGUUACAUGCGACUGGCAAGGCACAAAAAUCGUUGCGGUAUUGCAAAUUAUGCGGCUUAUGCAAAAAUUGAAUAAUAUCUAUAAUUGUAACACACCUGUACUUAUUACCUAUAAUUAAUUAAUAGUAAUUAAAAGAGUCCAUUUUUUUUUUUAUUUAUUUAACGAUACAUUCAUCAUGACUGAGACAUUCAUCAUUAUCAAUAUGACGUGAUAAAACGUUUAAAUAUUUUGAACGAUCUAAUCGCGCAACAUGUGUAUUAUAUUUGUUUAGUAAACAAGAAAAAAGAGAGAAAGAUAGAGAUCUUGCGUUAAUAUAAAGUAAUAUCGAAUUAAUGUAACGUGAAAGAUACUUAACAAAUUUCAAUUAAAAUCAGUCACACCAAAUUGAAUUUAAAAUCGUUAUUGAUUAA